AUGUGUGAUAAAAUACAAGAAGGGAAUGAAAAGUAUAACGAUUCAAGGGCAAUUGUGGAGAAGUCUGGUUGUGCUGGUCCUCAUGAUACUCUUGAAUUGUGCUUGAAUAAGCAUAAAGACUGGAGAAAAUGCCAAGUUGAAGUCGUAGAGCUUGCAAAAUGCAUGAGAGUUACAGGUAUAGCUCAGCAAGAGUCAAGAAGAUAA